AUCUCCAUGGCUGAUAAGGCUGGCCGGGCACUUUCAAAAUGGCGGAGUGUGGAGCGAGCGGCGGCGGGAGCAGCGGGGACAGCCUGGACAAGAGCAUCACGCUGCCCCCCGACGAGAUCUUCCGCAACCUGGAGAACGCCAAGCGCUUCGCCAUCGACAUCGGUGGAUCCUUAACCAAGCUGGCCUACUACUCAACCGUGCAGCACAAGGUCGCCAGAGUGAGGUCUUUCGACCACUCAGGAAAGGACGCAGAACACGAUCAUGAGCCGCCCUACGAGAUUUCUGAGCAGGAAGAGUUCACUGCUCGGCUGCAUUUCAUUAAGUUUGAGAACACCUACAUCGAAGCCUGCCUGGACUUCAUCAAGGACCACCUGGUCAACACAGAGACCAAGGUCAUCCAGGCCACAGGAGGCGGGGCGUACAAGUUUAAGGACCUCAUCGAAGAGAAGCUGCGGCUGAAGGUUGACAAGCAGGACGUGAUGACAUGCUUGAUUAAGGGGUGCAAUUUUGUGCUGAAGAACAUCCCGCAAGAGGCCUUCAUUUAUCAGAAAGAUUCCGACCCCGAGUUCCGAUUUCAGACAAACCACCCCAACAUCUUCCCCUACCUUCUUGUUAAUAUCGGUUCCGGAGUGUCCAUUGUCAAGGUGGAGACCGAGGACAGGUUCGAGUGGGUGGGCGGCAGCUCCAUCGGAGGCGGCACCUUCUGGGGGCUUGGGGCUCUGCUCACCGGGACGAAGAAGUUUGACGAGCUGCUGCAUCUGGCCUCCAAGGGCCAGCACACGAACGUGGACAUGCUGGUGCAGGACGUCUACGGGGGCGCACACCAGACGCUGGGGCUGAGCGGCAACCUCAUCGCCAGCAGCUUCGGGAAGUCAGCCACCACCGACAAAGAGUUCUCCAAGGAGGACAUGGCCAAGAGCCUGCUGCACAUGAUCAGCAACGACAUCGGCCAGCUCGCCUGUCUGCACGCCAAGCUGCACGGCCUGGGCCGGGUGUACUUCGGGGGCUUCUUCAUCCGGGGCCACCCCGUGACCAUGCGCACCAUCACCUACAGCAUCAACUUCUUCUCCAAGGGGGAAGUCCAGGCGCUGUUUCUGAGGCAUGAAGGCUACCUGGGCGCCAUUGGCGCAUUCCUGAAGGGGGCCGAGCAAGACAACCCCAACCAGUACAGCUGGGGGGAGAACUACGCGGGCAGCUCCGGGCUGAUGAGCACGGCGCCCGAGCUGGGCCCCACGCAGCGGGCGAGGAGCGGCACCGUGAGUAGUGGCUCUGGCCAUCGGGGGUCCCAAGGGGGCGGCCUGCGCUGGGCGCCGUCCACCGUCCGUGAGACCGCCCAGUGCGCAGACCCCUCGCGGCGCAGACGGGCUUUCACCCAGUUGCGGUGGGGCUUGAGCGGAGAGCAGAAGAAAGACGUUUGCAGCAUCUCCUUUCCCUGCGUGGUGGUCUCUCUCUGA